GGCGGUGCCUCGCCCGCGCGUACCCCCUGGCCGCGCGGCUCGGUGGUGCGGUCCCGGGUCGGGUCUGCGGCGAGGCGGCGCGAGGCGCUGUCAGUGCCGGGCUACUGCCGCCAGCAUGGAGCCGCACCGCUGGCUGCCCCUGGAGGCCAACCCCGACGUCACGAACCAGCAAGAGGAGCCCCUUCGUCCCCCGCGGGUGCCUGUGCUCCCUCCGCUGGUGUGUCAGACCUUUCCGGAACUCCUCAGAAAUCUCGAAUUUCUGAAACAGUUAGGUAUACAUCCUGACUGGCAAUUUGUAGAUGUUUAUGGUAUGGAACCAGAACUGCUUAGCAUGGUGCCAAGACCUGUCUGUGCAGUGCUACUUCUCUUUCCAAUAACAGAAAAGUAUGAAACUUUCAGAACAGAAGAAGAAGAGAGAAUAAAAGCCAAGGGGCAAGAUGUCAAAUCAUCAGUGUAUUUCAUGAAGCAGACCAUCAACAAUGCAUGUGGAACGAUUGGGCUAAUUCAUGCUAUUGCAAACAACAGAGAUAAAAUGAACUUUGAAACUAAUUCUUCAUUGAAAAAGUUCCUAGAAGAUUCAUUAUCUAUGACUCCUGAAGAACGGGCCAAAUAUCUAGAAACUUAUGAAGCUAUUCGUGUCACUCAUGAAUCCAGUGCCCAUGAAGGUCAGACCGAGGCACCAAGUAUAGAUGAAAAAGUAGAUCUUCACUUUAUUGCAUUAGUUAAUGUAGGUGGUCAUCUCUAUGAACUGGAUGGGCGCAAGCCAUUUCCAGUAAACCAUGGGGAAACUAGUGAUGAUUCUUUCUUAGAGGAUGCAAUAGAAGUUUGCAAGAAAUUCAUGGAACGUGACCCAGAAGAAUUAAGAUUUAAUGCAAUUGCACUGUCUGCAGCUUAAGCCUUUUCCAAUUGGGCUAAUCUAUCACGAUGUAUUGUAACAAUAAAACUCUUGCCAUAUGUUAAUAGUAGAGAUUUUGAUACUUCCCUAACAUGUUGAUUAACUGUAGCACACAUGGAAUAAACUUUGGAUUUGUCCUUGCUAUA